AUGGCGAUUGACACCGCUCUUGAUUCUACUACGCAGUGUCCCGCACUCUUCAAAAACAAUUUACAUCUAACGUCGGCUUCGACAACGCCGUUGAACAAACUUUGCCUUCAUAUUAGCUCCGACAUUGAUAACUUACUUGGACCACUUGGGUUCCAGUCAUGUAAAACUCGGCCCAAGUCACAAAAUGAAGGCUGCUUCGCGACCAAAAGGUCUGACCUGCCUACGUGUAUACCAACAGCUGCCAUCUUAACACUUCUCGGCGCGCAACUCAUUGUAGCCGCCGAAACUACAUGGUGCUGGGGCGCCCAUAGAUCAAAUACUCAGCGCGUUAGCAAAGGGGAUAUCGAAUGGGCUUUGAGACACCGCACCACCGAGUUGGGCUUCCCCGGCCGCCAGACCAUCUCCUGGAGAUGGAUUCAGUGCACCGAAACCGACGAGUACAAGUCUAUGGAUGUUGCUGUUGUCACUACACCGCGCAUUGUCACCGACGGAGCUCAUACUCAGCUUGCCAAUGGACAGCAGAAGUUGAGGCUGCGGGUACCAAAUAGUGUCGUGGCCGUGACAGCUUCCCUGAAGCUAUGUGCUGCGCUCAUUGAUCUUAUCUCAUCUGCACGUGACUUUGCCAUAGUUCUUCCGUUCCGCCCGCCGCAAGCCUGCGGGGCAGACCCUGGUCUUGGUCAUGCACGUUGGGUCGUGACAUACAUCCGAGUGCGGGGGAAGAACUAA